GUUUCCGAUUCAAGCUACGAAAAUCCCGAAAAUUUCAUUUUUCGGUUGGAGUGUACGGACGUGUUUUCCGGUUCCGUUGCAAGAAAAGCAAUUUCAGUGAUCGUCCUCGGCGUAUUAUUUGCGUGCUAACAUUUCCAUAUCAGAAGAGAGUGUCGUGAACGAAGAUAAUUCCCAGCAACCGUUGAAGCGUUUUGCGGUUGGCAAAACUACGAAACGAAAGGAAACUACUUUGCCGGUGACUUGAGAAGAACGUAAUAACCGCGAACCGCGACAGGCGACAGUGUGCGUGAACGGUUUUUAUCUGCUGCGGCUAGUGCGCGGCGAAAAAAGUGGCCCAGGAUAGGCGCAGGUGCUACGAAAGUACCGCCGCUACAUUGCACUUUACGGCGGUGUAUUCCGAGGUGUGCAAAGAUCAAGGACGAUCGUCCACAAACACAGCCUCUUUGCCGGCCGUUUUUCGAGGCCAACCUCAAGCGGUGAAGUCCACGUCAUCAGCAGCUGUGUCCGCUAUCACCGAGAAUCCUUCGACGAUUCGUCCGAAAGCCAUCGAUUUGCCGACACGCGCGUAAAAUACACAGUCUGACGCAAUGAAGGCGACUCUGGCGGCGGCCUCCGUCCUGGUGUGCGGGGCCGUGCUGAUGGCGCUGCUGCCCCCGGUGGAAGCCUGCAGCUGCUUGCUGCAACACCCGCAGACCGCUUUCUGCGAGUCCGACUACGUGAUCGUGGCUCAGGUGGUGCGUAAAACGGUAUCGAAAACCAAAAUGGAUGCGUACAAGAUUGCAAUCAAGAAGGAGUACAAGAUGUCCGACGCUGCACGGGAAGGACUGCGCCACGGUAAGCUGUACACGGCACCGACGGAGCCGCAGUGCGGCAUUCGGCUCGAGCCGAACAAGGUGUAUGUGAUCGCGGCCAACACCCCGACGGUGGGGCUCUGCAACUUCGUGCGCCCGUACUCCGAGCUGACGAUCGUGGAAAAGCGUGGCCUUGCCGGCGUCUACCGUAAGGGCUGCGGAUGCAACAUCCAGCUGUGCUUCAACAUGCAGCUGUGCAGGGUCAAGCCGAAAACCUGCAACUGGUCACCGUUCACGCCGAAGGGUGAGUGCGAAAGAAGCUACGGGUCGUGCGUGCCGGCCGGACGGGCCCAGGAGAACGGAUUCCCGACCAAGUGCCACUGGCGUCGAUCGCCCCGUUUCGGGGACUGUGUCGCCAAAAACGGAACCACACAGGUGUUGACCGUACCGUCGCAUCGCUAAUAUUGUUGUUACGAACGUUGGUAAUUUUAUGCCCUUCCCUGAUCCUUGUGACGCUCGAUGACGACCGAUCGGUCGGUUUAUUUAUCACGCCCCCCCUCCCGCCCAAUCCCCUUACCAUUUAUGUAAAGCGUAUGUUUUACGUUCAUUGUGGACCGUUGCGUUGUGGAGCUCGAGAGCGGUUGGCCGAUGAAUGUAAAUUAUGUUUCGUUUAAGUACAAAUUAGCCGUCACGUAAGCCUACAUUACCAGUAAACGGAGGGCAGCGCCGGCAGCAGUCGGAGCUCGGUGUCGACCAAGUGUCUCCGGCCCGCACACUCUGCCGCUGCCCGGUGCGCGGUGAACCAUUUUUGCCCAAUAUACAUUGUAA